AUCUAUAAGCUAAUCACCCUAUCCGAAUUCUGACAACUGGACACAGAAGGUAGAUAAGAAGCACUUUUAGUAUACGUACAAAAAAGACUUUCUAUUUGAAACUAUUUACAACUCUCGGAUUGACCAUGCGUUUAUUGUCUAUUGUCGCUUUGCUGGUGCUCAUUGCGUUUGCUGAAGCAAGUCCACGAAGGCGCCGGGAUAGUGAUAGUGAGGAGGAAGAUGGAAUGCAGUCUCCGCAGAUGCAAGAACAGAAAGGUGGUGACAGCAGCAGCAGUAGCAGUGAAGAAGACGAGGAGGAAUCACUAUCAUCUCAAUCUUCACUAAUAGGCAUAGAAUCGUCAUUAAUAUUCUCGUCCGUAGUGGUAACUGCAACGCCUGGACCAGCAAUUGAAACGGAAGAAACUGGGAAUGUUACAGAAGCUGAUUCAGGCGUCAAUCAGCCUCAAGUGGGCGAACUGGAGCCAACCGUUAAGGCAAUGACUACAGCGGAGGUCUGUGAGACCGCCUGUCCUCUGGAAUACAAUCCUGUGUGCGGCAAUGAUGGUGUAACAUAUCCGUCCGAGUGUGUUUUCAACGCAAUUGUAUGCAAGAGCAAAGACAAGACGGCGGCGAUUUUGCAUACUGGAAGCUGUGAGAGCAAUGUUACUACGCAGAGGCCAUUCAUUCCAUAAACUCUAUGGCUGUCAAGUUCAGUACUGUAUAACAGGCAGAGAUGCGAGGUCAUCACAUAUUGUACGACAUAGCAUUCACGGCAGGCCAACUCAAUGAAUACACGUUUCUACAUCUAACUACAGGAUCAACCGAUUGAGAAAAUAAUUGUUUUAAGAAGUUAUAUAAUGUGCUGGAAUACUGUUAUAUAAAUCAUGAGUGACUUUCAACUAGCAUUGUAACAUUUUUCCCUUUGUUGUUAUAGAGAAAAUAAAAAAAUAUUUGUUUACAUCACA